UUUCGCACGUUGGAGCCGUGAAAAUUGCCUCGAGGCUAAACUUGAUCAAGACGCGUGCAUGGUCUUGUCGUUGAUCCCAAGGGCCGAUAGUGGAGCCAAGUCGACGGGCUUGUGAGCAAGAUAAAAGCUUGCCGAAGUCUUAUCUGAUCUGAUAGCGCUUCGUACAUUUUGCCAUCAGCCUCGCAGUCUUCGCGAGCUUUAUCGUGGGGAUUUUCGGUCGUUCCAAUCACCCUUCGCGGCCUGAAUCUCAGCAACACACAGAGCCGGACGAGAUGGCCCAAGAAAAGUCCGCGGAGGGCAAAGAUGUCGCGUACAAUGCCGACACCGACACGGAACGCAUGAGCUUGGAGGAGCGAAAUGAGAAGGAGGUCCAACUGCGGCCCGACGAGGUCACCGAAAGCGCGCAGACCGGCCAGAAGAAGGCCGAAGCCGUCGCGCUGGUGUGGUCUAAGCCGGCGCUGUACGCUACGUAAGUGAACGUUUCGCCCUGCGCGAAGGCGGAUGAAGCGCAAAAAGAAGCAAAAGGCUGACGCUUCUGGCGUCCGCAGGUACGCGUGGAUCUGGGUCGCGUUCUUCAUGCUCGCCCUUCAGCAGGGCACGACCACGCAGCUGAACGCCCAAGCGUACGCCGGCUUCGUCGCCGCGCCGCAAAUCACCACCGCCUUCAUCUUGUCCGGCAUCAUCGGCGGCGUGAUCAAGCUGCCCAUCGCCAAGGUGCUCAACAUAUGGGGUCGUGCCGAGGGCCUGCUCGUUUUCGUGUGCGUCUACCUGCUCGGCAUGAUCAUCAUCGCCUCGUCCCACGGCCCGAACGCCUACGCGGCCGGCUACGUCUUCUACUGGAUCGGCUACGACGCCAUCUACCUCAUCCUGGACGUCUUCGUUGCCGACACGUCCGGCUUGCGCAAUCGAGCCUUCGCCUUCGCGUUUGUGUCGACCCCUUUCAUCUGCACCGCCUUCACGGCCCCGCUGCUGGGCGCGGCUUUCGUCAAGCACACGGGCUGGCGAUGGGGCUACGGCAGCAUGAUCAUCAUCAUGUUCGCCGUCUUCAUGCCGCUCGUCCUCGUCUUCAAGUACUUCCAGCGGAAGGCCGAAAGGAUGGGCCUCUUGACACGGACCCCGAGCGGGCGCAACGCUUGGCAGAGCGUCCUCCACUACUUCCACGAGUUCGAUAUAAUCGGGUGCAUCUUGCUCAUGGUCGCCUUGAUCUUGUUCCUCCUGCCCUUCUCGCUCGAGUCGUAUGGAAAAGCCACAUACGGCAGCGCAAAGUUCAUCGCCAUGGUCGUCAUCGGCAUCCUGCUCUUCCCGGUCUUCGCCCUCUGGGAGGCUCGUUUUGCCCCCGUCCAGUUCGUCCGGUGGGAGCUGUUCAAGAAGCGAACCGUCCUCGGUGCGUUCGUCCUGGCGGCCCUGCUGUACUUCUCUUUCUACAGCUGGGACACGUACUACUAUCCUUUCCUCCUCGUCGUCGACGGCCUCAACUACAGCGACGCCGGCUACAUGACCCAGAUCUACAACGUCGGCUCCUGCUUCUGGGGUGUGGUCUUCGGCGCCUGGAUCCGCUACACCAAGCACUUUAAGUGGACCUGCUUCGGCUUCGGACUUCCACUCAUGAUGCUCGGCGCUGGCCUCAUGAUCCACUUCCGCGACGGCAGCUACAACAUCGGAUACCUCGUCAUGGCCCAGAUCUUCAUCGCCUUCGGCGGCGGCACCCUCGUCAUCGGCGAGGACAUGGCCGUCAUGGCCGCCGCUGACCGCGAUGGCGUGCCCAUGAUGCUGUCCUUGAUCGGCCUUGCUUCCAGCAUCGGCGGCGCCAUCGGCGGUGCCGUCACCGCCGCCAUCUACGACAACGUCUUCCCGUCCACCCUCCUGAAGCACCUCCCGGAUGACCUGAAGGCCAACGCCACCCAGAUCUUUGCGGGCGGCUACGUCACGCAGCUGACCUUCCCGGACGAUGACCCGGCUCGCUUGGCAGUCAACGCCGCCUGGAGCGAAACCCAAAAAUACACGUGCAUCACUGCCGUCUGUAUUCUCAUCCUUGGCUACCCAGCCAUCGGCAUCUGGAAGAACUACAGCGUCGACAAAAAGCAGAACAAGGGCACCGUCCUCUGAGCGAACAGUCGGCCUAUUCUCGGCAUCAGGUAUUUUCAUAUUUGUUUUCGUGUAGAAUAGCAAUCGAAUUUGUAGCGCUGCUUGCCUGGCGUGCGAACGAUGGGUCUCGGCUGAUUCCGUAACAUGCACCUCUAUUAUCUCUAGCGUCAAGCAACAAACGAAGCGUAAUCUUGCUACCAAAUGAAGUUUGGUCUCUAUUCCUCCCUGCCCUGACUUUAUCCUUAAAAGCAGUCAGCAUGCCCAUAAUUGCAUAGUGCUAACCUGCCACCCAAAGCCUUACUCUUGCAAAUUUUGCAUCAUCUCUUGAGCCUUCGUCCUCCGCUUCUAUUCCCCACUCCGAACCCGUCGAACUCACAGAUGCUUCACCGUCAGUCAUACCCUCCAAGCGAGAGCUCGCAUGCGCACUUGGACGCAUUCUGGUCUGCAAGCGCAUCCUCCGCUCCGCCUGUGCUCUGCAUAUGAAGGCUAUCUCUUCGGCC